UCAGUGUGGUUAAGUUGCUGCAGUGAUUAUACAGAGUGACUGAAUUACGAAAUCAUAAAACCAUGAGCUACGAUUCACAAAUUUUUUAAUUUAAUCGUUGACUACAACAAUGUGGUUAUAAAUAACGGUUUUUCGUGCUGCAGAAUUGUGAAUACAAAAUGGGAAAAGUAUAUUCCAUAUUGGGAAGAAGACUUCAAAGAUUUAAUGUUGAUAAUAGAGCUCAGAAGAUUCUUUCUCGAGAUAAACAAAAUCCUGCUCCGCAGUAUAAGUCUACGCAAGAACAAUUAAACAUUGUAAAGAAGUUGUAUCCUGAUUUUAUGGAAAAACAUAAUAAAAAGGAUAAGGAGCUUGAUCAUCGUUUAAAGGAUGUUCGUAUCGUUUCUCAUGAUCCAGAGGGAAUAAAAGAGAAUGUAAAGUCUGACCCUAAACGGUCUUUACCGCACGAGAGAAUUACUGCCCCAGAAUUUGAAUUUGGAUUUUAUGAACCAUCAGUUAUUCCAGAGGGAAAAUGUAGUUUAAAACAGGUGUUAAAAUUGAUCGAAAAUCAUGCUCAAGAUCCGCAGACACAUACUGCUGCAAGUAUAGCACAAAAGUAUAAGUUAGACCCAAAGCAUGUAGAAAAUAUAUUAAGAUACUACAAGAUGUAUGAACUAGUUCUCCCAAAAACAACUUCCAAGAGUGAUAAGUUAAAAUUCAAAGAUAAUUUUGGGUUUCUUAAAAAGAUGAUAAAGUGAUGCAUAGUUAAUUAUGCUUCAAUUUCUAUAGUACAUACACUGACGUGUUAUUAACAAUAAAACUGUAACUAGCUGUAAUUCAGUAUAAAUGGCUACGUUACUUAUGUCAGUUUAA